UCCGCUCGAGAGUUGUGGUAAUUAGCACAAGGAGUUUAAUCAGGUGUGUUAAAUGAGGGUAAACCAAAAACUGCAGGGCUCCGGCAGUUUUGACAACCCUGCUUUAGAGCUAGUGCUCCAGAUGAGAGGCAGGGAGAUGCAUUCUUGCCAGAACCCUAGUGGUCACCUAGAAAUGGGAAUUCAGUUUGGGAUUCUCAGCCCCCUUGCCAAGCACACAAACACUCCUUAAGUGGGUGGGUCCACACUGUGUGUGCUGUGAGGGCUCACUGUCUGCAAUUCACUGCAUAUAUGCUGUGUUAGCAGUGGGGCUCCCCCUGUCUCCAAUUCACCACAUAUGUACUGUGUCAGCAGUGAGGGGGCCCUGACUGCCAUUCACUUCAAAUACUGUAUUGGCAGUGAUGGCCCCCGUCUGCCAUUCACUGCAUAUACAUACUGUGUUAGCAGCGAGUCCCCCUCUCUGCCAUUCACUACAUAUACUUUGUUAGAAGUGCCAUUGUCUGCACUGUAUAAAAAAGUGCCUAUAUAUAAAACAUUAAAACAGAAGUGCCACACAAAUCAAACAUAUAAACCGAAUAUGACUUUCAGCCUUGACAUGUAAGAUACUGCUCUGUUUCUAAGUACUGGGUACUUAGCAACAUUUUAAUAAAGAAACCCUGUUUUCGUAUUUACAAUACAAACGGCCACAUCUCUGCUGCCAUCUGUCGGUGCGAUAUCAAGGAGCUGGUAUUUAAACUGUUGUAACCAACCAGGAUCACGGGAGUAAAUGAAAGAAAUAAGAUGAUUUUAUGAUGGUUACUACUGCUGUAUGCUGUUGAUCAACACUUGCAGGCAUAGUGACAUGAGCUGGUGUCGUCGUAUGUAAUAAAGCUAAUCAUUCACGGAUACCUGGGGCCUGUACUACGAAGCGGGGUUACUGGCUUAUCGGGGUAACUUGUCGGAUUUAAGGUAGUCUGGGCAAAAUGAAGUGAACGAAUAUGAAGUCCUUUUAAACUGUGGUACCUUAAAUCCGACAAGUUACCCCGAUAAGCCCGUAACCCCGCUAUGUAGUACAAGCCACUGUGCGCUAUUUAUACUGUAGCUAAUGAGGAUCAGGCAGGGAAGCGAGGUCAGCAGAAACGCUUCGGUGCUCGGGAGGCAGCGCCAUACACUGUCCUUCUCUUUACCUUCAUUUCAUAAACUCCCUUCUUCUUUUCGGAUUUAAAGAAUGAGCUGAGAGAUAGCUGCAAGAUGCACGGUGCCCCACUGCCACAGCCUGGCCAUUAGCGACACACAAGCCCGUUUUUUCUGAAGCGAAAUCGCAUCACCCGCGACAUGACUCUGCCUGUUCCGGUUCCCCGGCCGUCCUACUCCCAGGCACGGGAGACGCUGGUCAAAGCCAUCCCGCCAAAAAUCAUCUGCCUGCUGGCCUGCGGGGGGAGGGACUGCCGCUACGAGGGUCCGGAAUGCUGGAGAGCCAGCCAGCAGGCGAUUCGGGGGCUCUUCUCGUCAUGGAUCACCGAGAACAUCGUGGCGAUGUCACGACCUUCUACACAGCUCAUCCAAACCUACAACAUCAUCGAGCAGUUCCACAAGGUGAACAUCAGGUCCAUCAUAAACAUGCAGCUGUGUGGAGAGCACGCUCACUGCGGCCCCCCCUUGGAGCCCGACUCCGGCUUCUCCUACUCCCCGCAGAUCUUCAUGGAGAAUGGCAUCUCCUUCUAUAACUUCGGCAUGCCGGACUUCAGCGUGGCAUCGCUGCCCAGGAUGCUGGAUGCGGUGAAGGUGCUAGCGUUCGCCGUGCGGCAGGGGAGAGUCGCCGUGCACUGUCAUGCGGGCCUGGGCCGCACUGGUGUGCUGAUCGCCUGCUACCUGACCUACGAGCUGCGCGUCACCCCCAGCGAGGCAGUGCACUACAUACGGCUCAGGCGGCCGCGCUCUGUACAGACACGCGCCCAGAUCCGUAUGGUCUUCAGCUUUGCUUGCCUGCUGGCCACGCAGCUGGUGCUGUACCCGGACCUAAGCCACAGGCACGGCGCCCCCUUCAGCUUGCGGCAGCACCUGCAGCGGCAGGGCCUCCUGCUCCAUGGCGAGGAGGCGCGUCGCCUGAAGAAUGUGCCCAAGGUGGUGGACUUCCUCUGCAGGAGGUUGGUGGCCCUGGCCUGGGGCCAAGAGUGCUCUCAUGGCUGGAAGGUGGAGGUGGCGAGGCGGGCGGCUGUGCUGGAGCUGACAAAGGUGGUGAGAAACACUCUGCUCAGUACAGACUUCCCGGUCCAUCUCAGGGAUCCUACGGCAUGGAAGCCCUCUAUCUGUACAGGGUCUUCCUGGGAUGAGCAAGAUGGCUUCCUGGAGUGGAAGAGGGAGGUUUUCCUAAACAAGAGGAGUUAUAGUGACUCUGACCUCGGCAAGGUCUCCAUCUAUGAGGAUCUAGACUUUGAGCAGUACCCUACUCUGCCAGAAGGGGGCACCACAGGGGAGUUGAAGCUAAAUGGUGAAGCACCUGGAGGCUUGGAUCUGAGUGCCCCUAGAAUGCAGCACUGUAAUGGCUGGUCAAACACGGAUGGGUCUCUCUGCCUGAAACAUCAAGCUUUAUGCUGCCCUGUCUGUGCAGAGAGGUCUAAAUUCAAUCCCAAGAUGGUGCCGGUGCUGGCUAAGUGCACGUCAAGCUCAGAGCUACUGGGGACUAAUUUCUCCCACCUGGUGUCUACGUGUGGGGCCGUGGCCAUGGCAAUGGCAGAGCAGGAUCCCCCUGGGGAUGCGACCUUGCGGAAGUCUGCUGCACUGCAGAAGGAGCUAAAUGGGAACGAGUGCGGCUGGGCGGCACUUGCCACAGAAAUGGACCCUGGCGUCCUCAGCUGUCUGCUCUGGACCUGGCUGGAGAAGUUGCGGGAACCAGUUCUGGACGGGAAGGAUGUGGACCAGCUAAACAACAGCCCUCAUGGCCUCAAAAAGUUGCACAAGUGUCAAGACCAAACCAUCUGCUGUCUUCUCCGCUGCAUCAGUCAGGUGACCUGCCUCUGUCCACAGCUCGAGGACAGCAUCCUGCGGCGACUAGUCCGAGCCCUGACCAGGUGCUCCCUAGAUAACCUGGCAGGGUACGGUGCAGUGACACACCUCUUCAGGGACACUAUCCGCGGAAUACGACAGCGUGACCUGGUCACGGGAGCAGCGGCUCAGAUCGUUAAGAAGAGUAGAUGCAGAAAUCGGCAACGCAUCACUCUGCGCCUGCGAUGCCAAGAGGAUCCCCAGCUUUGAUGCCGUAGAACUUUCUGGAGGACCUGUGACAGAAGAGGCAGUUUUUUAACAUCAAGUUGUCCCUUUCGAGGGUAAUAUUAUACAUAUGCUGCUGUUCACCUUCUGUAACAUGCUGUUCUUGUGUGCAGAGUGUGAGGGUCAUGACCGCGUGAACAUAAACAUGUGAACAUGUGAACUUUGAUCGUUAUGUUAGUCCCUGGAAAUUUUUAACAUACAAAUGAUGCAGGAGGGGUGGCUCUGUUGUGUUUUAUUGUUGUGCUUGGGACAGGGCUAAGCAGUGUCAGGAAUACAUAUUGU